AAGAAGAAAGUCUAGUUCCAACAUUGUUGCUCUAACCUGCAAUAUGCACUUUAAAACAGAAUAAAUAAAAUAGUUUACUAAGGUGCAUUAUGAGAAUAACGCAGCUGUCAGCUAUGGUUAGGGAAUUGAGCUACUUUUCAUUCCUUUUGGGCGGGUUUUGAGUAAGCUUUGGGCUGGAAAUUUUUCUGGGACCUGGCAACAUGCCUGGCAACCCCAAUGUGUUGGACUGCGCAUGCGUGUCUGAGAUUGCACGUCUGACCGUUCUCGGCAACCCUGUCAAAUGGUCAAAUUCAAGCGGCAGUCUCAAAACCGAGAUGUGCCAUUUGGGCUUCAGAGUUCAGACUUGUUUUGCGAGUCUUCGGCAAGACCGGUCAACUUGAACCUCACCAAAUGUUUUCGGCAAAACACGGUUAAAACUCCAGCUAAGUGCUCGAAUGAGAAUGUGUUGUUUCUGAAAUAAGCUGUUAUUCAAGUUUAACCAAGUUAUUUGGCGUCGAAACGAACGUUCACUUUCUCUUGGGUGUGGCUUCACCUGAAAUGAAGGUCUUUAUUGGGAUUUUGUGUGCAUUCGUCGUGUUUGGUGCAUCUGGUGUUGAUGCAGAUGAAGAGUCAGUGUCUGUGAUGGAGGGAGAUUCAGUCACUCUAAACACUGGUGUUAAUGUAACCCAAAAAGACAGAAUUAGGUGGUAUGAUAAUGACACUCUCAUUGCUCAAAUCAAUGGAGAUCUCAGUAAGAUCUGUACAGAUGUUCAGUGUGAUGAAGGUAAUGAGAGAUUCAGAGACAGACUGAAGCUGGAUCAUCAGACUGGAUCUCUGACCAUCACAAACACCAGAAACACUGACUCUGGAGAAUAUAAACUACAGUUCAGCAGCAGAAGUGUUAAAAGCUUCAGUGUGGAUGUCACUGGCGUUUCUGAUGUUGAUACAGAUGUGUUUGUGAUGGAGGGAGAUUCAGUCACUCUACACACUGAUGCUAAAACAAAUCAACAAGACAGAGUUAGGUGGUAUUUCAAUGAAACUCGCAUCGCUCAAAUCAUUGGAGAUCAGAGUAAGAUCUGUACAGAUGAACAGUGUGAUGAAAGAUUCAGAAACCGACUGAAGCUGGAUCAUCAGACUGGAUCUCUGACCAUCACAAACACUAAAGCCACAGACUCUGGACGUUAUAAACUACAGAUCAGCAGCAGCAUCAGUGAAAAGACCUUCAGUGUUACUGUCCGUGAUGUUCCUGCUGCUGAACUGAAGACAGUGAAGGAGGGAGAACCUGUUACUUUAAAUCCUGGUGCAAUGAAAAACCCAAAAGAUUUACUGACAUGGUAUUUUAAUGAGAUUAGCAUCGCUGAAAUCACUGGAGGUCAGAGUAAGAUCUGUACAGAUGUUCAGUGUGAUGAGAGAUUCAGAGACAGACUGAAGCUGGACAAUCAGACUGGAUCUCUGACCAUCAUGAACACCAGAACCACAGACUCUGGAGAAUAUAAGCUAGAGAUCACCAGCAGUCGCAGCAGCAUCCAGCGUCGUCGCCGCAGCGUCCGCAUCACCAGUGUGAAGAGCUUCAGGGUUUCUGUAAUUGAUUCAGGUUUGCCUCCAGGUGCUGUAGUAGGAAUCAUUGUUGCUGCUGUUGUUCUGCUGGUUGCAGCUGUAACUGUUGGUGUGAUUUACGGUCGCAGCGGGAGCCCUACAGCAGUACCACAGAAUGAGGAUGAUGGUUUGUAGAAGACUCGUCCCCUAAGCAGACUGACACUGUAGAUGGACACUGAUAAUGGUGCAUCUCCUAAACGAACUGGCAUUAACCUUGUUCAAACCAUCAGCAACAGGCAUUGAAAAGUGACUUGAUUAUAUUUGGUUUCAAAUUUAUGAAGAGCCACCAACUGCUGGCGACACAAGUAAUGGUGACAUUUGGCAACAAGAUGUAGGCGUGUCCAGCGACUCAGCUCCCAAAACUCACUGCUCACUUGAAAAAAGUUCUCAACUCUGCUACUAGAUACAUUAGUGCCUUAGUGUUUGUUUUCACUCCAGCCUAAUGUACCACUGGAAAUUGAGCCACAGCUCCUGCACCAGGCAGUGGUCUUCAAACGGGAUGUGAGUCUGAAUGGAUACGUGGAGCCUGAUAUCCAGAGACUUGCUUAUUAUAGAGAGCCUAAAUGCCAAAGAAGGCCUUUAUAUUAUACAUUUCAUGCACUGAUUCCAUUUGAAUACAAUCUUUCCCUCCAGAAUGUUUUAGUGGAAGGAAGAAUUUAUUGUGAACAACAUGGAAUGACAUACAGUUAAUGUAAUGUACAUACAUGAAUGUUACUAGGCAACCAUGGAAACACCUAUUAGCGACCCAACCAUCAACCCCUGAGACACUGAAGGUGCAUUUCAUUCGACCGUAAGUGGACUGUGAAGUGGACUUCACAGGGUAUUUUGCCAUCUUAAGUGAGAUUCCAAUCCGAAGGGAGCGAAUAUGUUCAGUUCGAAGGGCAUAGUGAAUAAGGGAACAUCGAUACAUCACUUCACAGGAAGUAGAGAGGUAAAAUCACCCAACUGUCAUUGCGCACUGCGUCACCAGUCAGAACUACGAUGAAGCAGAGCUGUUGAAAGAGUACAGCACUGAAAGAGGAAUUAUGUACCUGCCGCUUUGAUGGAUCUUCUUGGUACGGAUGACCACAAGUGCUGGGUCCUAUCACUUUCGUGUUUGUCUGCUGAGCUCGUUUGAUCCUUUGUCUCUGACGCCGUCUGAGGAGCGUUGCCUGAACUACGUGCUGGCCUUUUACCUCAGGUCUUCUGUUCAUUGAAUAAAGAGGAAUUAAUUGCUGCACUGUCGUAUCGCCUCACCAAUGUCGACUGCCGAACGUGUUGGGUCUUAAAACCGCCAAGUCCCGCCUCAACUCAAUUCAGGUAUUCAAUACCAAUAACGCACUUUAAAACUUCCAAAAGCUUCACCAACAUCAUCCCCAAUACAAAACACACACACUAAUUUCCUUUAUCUUAAAAGCUUUACUUAUUUUUGUUUUCUUUUUGGGGUAAAUGUUUCAUUCUGAACUGUUGUUGUGUGGGGUUUUUUUAUAUUUAUAUUUUGAUUACUGUAACUUUGUUGGUUGUUUGAUUAUUGAAAUUAUUGAAGUGUUUUGCUAAUCUUUUUUUGUUUUUCAUUUUGAUUUUGAAGAACGAACUCUUACCCCCAUGGGUUAAUGAUUAUAUGACGUUCCACAUCAAAUGACUUUUUUGUAUGUUUAUUUGCAGCGAUCCUCUGUGACAGUAUUUUUUCCUUUUUCCCAUUCUCAUAUUUCACAUUACAAUUUGAUGAGAUUGAA